GCCUCUGAUCUCUCUGACUGAUAGUUUAGUCAUAAAAUCUGCAUGUGUACGUUGUUGCUUUGCUUAUUGCUUCCCAUACAAAUACUCUUUAAUUCUUAUAUACGUUAAGAGAGAACAAACGCCCUUAUUAAUUAAAGCUCUUUCCUUUGAACAGAGAGGAGAAGAAAGAAGGAAGAACCACCAUUAAUCUCUAUUAUAAUCCCCAGCAUCUCUCUUUUAUAUAUUUUUUCAUUCAUUCGGAAGUGGGAAAGAAGAAAAAAUUGGUUUUUGGGUUUGGUUUUGGUUGAAUGGCUAUACAAGCGCAGUUGUAUCCGGAGUUUAUUAAUGUUGGGUUUGGGUUUGGUUCAUCGCAAGAUUGGAUCAUGGAGAAUGUUAAUGGCUGUUGCGGUGGUGUUGGGAAGGGUGAGUUUAAUCAGUUGUGUUUUGAAACGCAACAAAAACAGCAGCAGCAUCAGCAGUUUUAUCUGUUACAAAAUCAGCAACAGUUUGACACCAAUUCUGCAAAUUUCUUGAAGAAUAGCGGUAACUUCAACACCAACGCUGUUUAUCAUCAUCAAUCAAUGCCAUUUUCUCAAACUACGGCACUUCAAGUUGAGAAGCAAAGGCAAGAAAUUGAUCAGUAUAUCAGGUCUCAGAAUGAAAGAUUGAGAAGGGUGUUACAGGAGCAAAGAAAGCAACAACUGGAGAUGCUACUGAAGAAGCUAGAGGUAAAGACUUCAACCUUAUUGAGACAAAAAGAUGAAGAGAUAGCAAAAGCUACAAACAGAGCAAUGGAGCUGGAAAUUUUGUUGAAGAAAUUAGAGAUGGAGAGUCAAGCGUGGCAAAGAAUAGCUCAAGAGAACGAAUCACUGGUUUAUUCACUCAACAACACAAUUGAACAGCUUAGAGAAAAGGGUUCUUGUUGCUUUAACAAUGGGGCCGAAGACGCAGGGUCUUGCUGUAAUUUACCAGAAGAAGAUGAGGAAACAGAACGAAACAGAGGGAGAAAUUGCAGCAUUAACAGCGGUGAAAAUAAAGAAGAAAGAAAGAGAGAGAUGACGAUAGUGAAUGUUUGCAAAGGUUGUAACUCUGGGGAUUCGUGUGUUUUGUUCCUUCCUUGUAGGCACCUGUGUUCGUGCAAAAAAUGCCAGGCGGUUCUUCAAUCUUGCCCCGUUUGUUUAGCGCCAAAGAAGGCUAGCAUAGAGGCCUUAUUUGUCUAGAAAAAUGUUUUCCAGGAAAUGCCUCAUCAGUAAAACAUGUUUUUAGACUUUUUGGUUCCCUCUAGACCUGUUAUUACUGAAAACAUUAAAGAAAAAUGAACAGGACAGACUAAUGUGAAUGUAUAAUUUCUUUGUUUAA